AUGACGAUUAACGUGACCGAGCUCUGUAGGUUCAGUGGCCAGAAGAUCUACCCAGGGAGAGGCAUUAGAUUUAUCCGUGCUGAUUCUCAGGUGUUCCUCUUUGCCAACUCGAAAUGCAAGAGGUACUUCCACAACAGGUUGAAGCCAUCCAAACUUACAUGGACAGCAGUGUUUAGGAAGCAACAUAAGAAGGACAUUGCUCAAGAGUCUGUGAAGAAGAGGCGCCGUGCGACCAAGAAGCCAUACUCUAGGUCCAUUGUUGGUGCAACCUUGGAGGUCAUCCAGAAGAGGAGAGCAGAGAAGCCUGAAGUUCGUGAUGCUGCCAGAGAAGCUGCUAUCAGAGAAAUCAAGGAGAGGAUCAAGAAGACUAAGGACGAGAAGAAGGCGAAGAAAGCCGAAGUGACCAAGUCGCAGAAGUCACAGUCCAAGGGUGGUGCUUCGAGGAAUGCCCCGGCCAAGGGUCCUAAGCUAGGCGGUGGAGGUGGAAAGCGCUGA